AAAGUUCAGUUUAGAAAAACAGGAUUAAUGGACGGCACCCAAAAAAUUCAAAGAAUCAUGACAACAAAGUAAACAACGUGCGUUGAAAUUUCCUUUACCCAAAUGGAAGACCUUUAUGCGCACGCCACACUCACCUCAUGCUCUCGAUUAAUAUUCUCUGCUCUACGUCCCGUCUCCAAUGUCUCCCUUUCCUUCUCCCGUAUUUAUAAGUGCUCCUUCGCUCAGAUUUUCAGCCAAACAGAUUCAAAUCCACAGCAACCAAAAAUUCUCAAAAGCUAGAUUCAAUGGGAUCGCUCUCUGCCUUGGACCAGCCGCUGCAAUAUCUGAUUCCUCGGAGAGACGAGUCUGUUGUCGACGAUUAUCACGGCGUCAAGAUUUCCGAUCCUUACCGAUGGUAUUUGAACUCGCAUUAGUGUCUUAUUUGUUUGAAUGGAGAUUUUUUUAUGUGUAGUUGCGUUUCCAACUCAAAAUCGAUUUUCUUCGUUGUUCUUGAUUGAAUUUGAUUGCUCUUCAUUAUUCUAUUAGGAUACCUUCUCUUGUAUAUCUUGGAGAGUUGUGACCCAGUUAACAAAGUAUACUACUGCGACAUGUCUGCACUUCCUGAAGGUCUUCAAGGUUUUAGGGGAAAAGAUUUGCUGCUCCCAUUUGUUAAGCUGAUAGAUCAAUUUGAUGCACUGUAUACAGCAAUUGCAAAUGAUGACACAUUAUUUACUUUCCGGACUAAUAAAGGUGCUCCAAGAUACAAAUUAGUCCGUGUUGAUCUAAAGGAACCAAGUAAUUGGAUAGACAUUAUCCCAGCGUCUGAAAAAGAUGUUCUUGAAUCAGCAGAUGCUGUUAAUGGUAAUAAGAUGAUUGUGAGUUAUCUAAGCGAUGUGAAGUAUGUGCUUCAGAUAAGGGAUUUAGAAACAGGUUCAUUUCUGCAUCAGUUACCACUUGACAUUGGGACAGUUUAUGAUAUUACUGCUAGGCGUAAAGAUGAUAUGUUUUUUAUUCAUUUUUCAAGCUUCCUUACUCCUGGUAUUAUAUAUCAGUGCAACUUAGGAGCUGGGGUUCCAGAUAUGAAGAUAUUCAGUGAAAUUUCUGUACCUGGAUAUGAUCGCACACAAUUUGAUGUCAAUCAGGUUUUUGUCCCCAGUAAGGAUGGUACCAAAAUCCCAAUGUUCAUUGUGGGCAGAAGGAAUGUGGAUUUGGAUGGAUCACAGCCUUGUUCAUUAUAUGGAUAUGGUGGAUUUAGCAUCAGCAGCACACCAUCAUUCAGUGUCUCUCGCAUUGUACUAGCUAGGCAUUUAGGAGCCUUUUUCUGUAUUGCAAACAUUCGUGGUGGGGGAGAGUAUGGACAAGAAUGGCAUAAAGCAGGUUCACUUUCCAAGAAGCAAAAUGGAUUUGAUGAUUUCAUUUCUGCUGCAGAAUAUCUCAUAGCAGCUGGCUAUACCCAACCAAGCAGGUUGUGUAUUGAAGGUGGGAGCAAUGGUGGGCUUUUAAUUGGAGCUUGUAUAAAUCAGAGACCUGAUCUUUUUGGUUGUGCUUUGGCUCAUGUUGGUGUGAUGGACAUGCUUCGUUUUCACAAGUUUACCAUAGGCCAUGCAUGGACGUCUGAGUAUGGUUGUUCGGAAAAUGAAAAAGAAUUCCGUUGGCAAAUCCAGUAAGUAAACUAAUAUUGUAUGAGAACUUCUAGUCAAUAUUUUUCUUUAAGGUAUUCACCACUGCAUAAUGUAAGGAGACCAUGGGAACACCCUAUUAAAGCAUCACAGUAUCCAUCCACAAUGCUAUUGACUGCUGAUCAUGAUGAUCGAGUUGUGCCAUUACACUCUUUGAAGUUACUAGCGACAAUGCAGCAUGUUUUGUGCACCAGCUUGGAGAAUAGUCCCCAGACCAACCCAAUUAUUG